AUGCGUCUCAUUAUACGUAAAGAUUAUGACGCGGUAUCUGAACAUAUGGCAAAUUACAUCAAAAAUAGAAUUAUUGAAUUUAAUCCAACUCCUGAUAAACCAUUUGUUCUCGGUUUACCCACGGGUUCUUCACCUGUUGGUGUUUAUAAAAAUUUUGUAAAAUAUUAUCAAAAUGAAGAAUUAAGUUUUAAGAAUGUAGUCACUUUCAAUAUGGAUGAAUAUGUAGGAUUACCAAGAGAUCAUCCAGAAAGUUAUCAUUCAUUUAUGUGGCACCAUUUGUUUAAAUUUGUUGAUAUUCUACCACAAAAUGUUCACAUUCUCAAUGGAAAUGCGGAAAAUUUAGAAGAAGAAUGUAGAAAUUUUGAGGAAAAGAUGAAAUCUUAUGGUGGUGUUGAAUUAUUUUUAGGAGAUGGUCACAUUGCAUUCAAUGAACCAGGUUCAUCUUUGUCCUCCCGAACACGAGCCAAAACUCUAGCUUAUGAUACCAUUUUAGCAAAUUCGCGUUUCUUUGAUUAUAAUGUCAAUAAAGUACCAAGGAUGGCUUUGACUGUUGGUGUGGGAACGGUGAUGGAUGCAAGGGAAGUAGCGAUAAUUAUCACAGGGGCUCAUAAGGCACUUGCAUUGGCUAAAUGUAUAGAAGAAGGAGUAAAUCAUAUGUGGACAGUCUCUGCAAUUCAACUUCACUCUAAUGCAUUGAUCGUUUGUGAUGAAGAUGCUACUUUAGAAUUACACGUUAAAACUGUAAAAUACUUUAAAAGCAUUGAACAUGUAAUUAAUGAUUUGGUUGGAGCUGAAAAUGUCGGAUUGCAAGGUAACGUCAAACGAUACCCAACUCCCGAAGUUACACCUACUCGAGAAGCAUUUUAUAAUUUGCCAUUUAAAAAGUGA